AUGACGGCCUUCGUCCCACGCACAACGUUUCCCGCUCUCACCUCCCUGCCGCGCUCCUACUAUCUCGGCCAUCAUGCCGCCGGCCUCGCGAAGAUGAAGACGAUGCUCAACCAGAUUGACUUCGUGAUCGAGUGCAGAGAUGCCCGCAUCCCGCUGACGUCUCGGAACCCCAUGUUCGAGGACCUGCUGUCGGGUUGGGCGAGCGGAGGGAGGGAGAGGAUCGUUGUGUAUACCAAGCAGGACCUUGCUGUUGAAGAGGGUCGGACACCAAGCAAGACGAACAAGGAGAUCCUCUCCCUCCUCCGUGACCGAAGCAGUGCGCGGCAGUCUCUCACUGGUGCGCACGCCAUGGUCGUCGGCCUACCGAACGUCGGAAAAUCCACUCUGCUCAAUGCUCUGCGAGCCGGAGGUGUCAAGAAAGGCAAAGCUGCGCAUACCGGUGCUCAACCCGGCGUGACGCGCAAGAUCGGUACCGGUGUGAAGAUUAUAGACAGCGAGAACGAUGCCAGCGCGAGUAGCGACGUCUACUUGCUCGAUACACCUGGAGUCUUCAUCCCGUACGUGCCGGACGCGGAAGCGAUGCUGAAGCUGGCGUUGAGCGGGAGCGUCAAAGACACUGUCAUUCCGCCGUUUACUCUGGCCGACUAUCUGCUCUUCCAUGUCAACCAUCAAAACCCAGAAGUCUAUUCAAACUACCACCAGCCCACCAACUCAAUCACGGACUUGCUCAGCGCAAUGGCCCACAAGAUCGGUCGACUACAGAAGGGUGGUGAAGUCGACAUGGACGGUACGGCAAUGUGGAUGAUUCAGAGAUGGCGGAAUGGGCAUUUGGAUCGAUUUGGGUUGGAUCUGGUCAACGAUGAGACGGUUGCGAAGUACGAGAGAGGCGGUGAAGAUGAAAGAGGCAGCAGUCUUAGCCAGGCGCGGAAGGCUGGAAAGGAGGCUGCGCGGCAGAGGAGUCGGGCGAAAAAGGGUGGAGCGGCGACCGAGGGAUGA